UGUCUCGCCAUUUUGAAACACGCCACAUUGAUUUGCACAAUGAAAAUGGAUUUUAUUUGCUGAAUUACUCGAUAGAUACUCUUCAAACAACAUUUAGAAGUAUGGAGGCUGUUCGAGCAUUCAACAAUGAGUUGUCUGCGGUGUACGAGGUCAAGCCUCCCAUCUCGAGACAGAAGAUGGCAAAUAUCACAAAGCUGGCCAUCAAGUCCAUCAAAUUUUACAAACAUGUGGUACAGAGUGUGGAAAAGUUCAUUCAAAAGUGUCGUCCAGAAUACAAAGUACCAGGACUGUAUGUGAUAGACUCAAUUGUCCGUCAGUCACGUCACCAGUUUGGACAUGAUCGCGAUGUUUUUGCUGGAAGGUUCGUAAAGAACAUUACUGCAACUUUCCAGAACCUCUUCAAAUGUCCAUCUGAAGAAAAGAGUAAGUUGAUUCGAGUCUUGAACCUGUGGCAGAAAAACUCUGUAUUUCCCAGUGAGAUAAUUCAACCAUUGUUAGAUCUUGCAGCUGAUCCUGCCAACCAGCAUCUUGUCACAGCAUGUGAAGCAGCUGCCAGUGAGUUCAUGGCAAAUAAGAAGCCAGUCCCUAUACCAACUCUGCCCAAAUCCUCACAUAAGAAGGAGAAGUCAUCUCGCAGCAAGAAAGAGAGCAGUGAAGAUGUAGAUGAAGCACAGAAUGAUGUUCUCAAAACUGUAACACAACUGCUACAGGCACAGGAUGAUUCUGGUGACCAAGAACUACAGCUGCAACAGCUUCAGGUUCUUCAACAGCAGCUAACAGCUCAAACAUUUCUCUCGGCCCCCCAGGAGCAGCCAUCCAUUGAUAGCACAGUGCUAGCACAGAUACAGACCCUUACUAACCAACUACUGGGCAAUGAUGAAAAACCACCAGAAUUUAACAAGAAACUUUUGGAGUUUGAUUAUGGUGAGAGUGAUGAAGAAGAAGAAAAGAAAGAAAAUGACAGCACACUAAGUGGAGUUCAGAACUUAUUGAAUGAUCCUGGGUUGAUGCAGCAGAUACAACAGAUGUCAGAGACAUUGAAGCAGACACAGAAUUUGAAGAAUGAGAUAGGACAAAGGCAACAGAUGCUAGAACAACAGGAGGCAGAGUUCAAUAGACAACUUAGUACAAGUGCUAUUAGUUCAUAUAGCAACAAUGCUCCAAUGGGAGUGCCCCACCCUGAUGCUGGUCCUGAUGAUGACAUUGCAAAGAUUGAGGGGGAUUAUGACAACAGAGAUCGUCAUGGUGAUUCAGAACGGGACGAUGAUAGGAGAUCACGUAGGCGUAGACGAUCCAGGUCACGAUCUAGGUCACCAAGGAAAAGAAGUAGGAGGUCAAGGUCACGGGAUAGGCGCAGAAGCAGGUCCAGGUCACGAGACAGGCGCAGCAGAUCACAAAAUAAUUUACGUGAAAAGGAGCGUGAGGAUGACCGUAUUAAGCGUGAAAAGGAGCGAGAAAGACGUCACAAAGGCCUGCCACCUAUCCAGGAAAAUAAACUUAGUGUGUGCAGUACAACAAUUUGGAUAGGCCAUAUAGCUAAACUGACAAGUGAAGAUGAGAUAAGACAUGAGGUAGAGGCCCAUGGUGAAGUGGAUCAAAUACAUAUGAUCCCACCGAGAGGUUGUGCAUUCAUUGUCCUUAAACGACGCAAAGAUGCAGCAAGAGUCGUUGAGAAACUUCGGGGAGUCAAGCUCAAUGGCAGUGACCUAAAAGUCGCUUAUGCUCCUGGUAAAGGAGUUAAAGGGUCACAAUUUAAGAACUUCUGGGAUGUGGAUGUUGGAACAUCUUUUAUUCCUUGGACAUCUGUACCUAAGACUAUGGAUGAAUUAACAGAGCUACAAGAUGGCGGCCAGAUAGAUGAGGAUUCUGCGUCUGAUGAAAUCAAAAAACUACUGAGUGGAGAGAGUAUUGUUCCAAUAACAGAACAGCCACCAAUGCCAAUGAUGCCUGGAAUGCCAUUCCCAAUGCCCCCAGGUAUGAUGCCGAUGAUGCCAAUGGGUAUGCUACCACCUAUGAUGUCUAUGCCUCCUGGUAUGCCCCCACGAGGGCCUCCUCCUGGAAUGCCCCCACGAGGGCCCCCUGGUAUGCCACCUUCAGUUAGUGGGCAGAAUCAGUUACCUAUGGGGAUGAGGCCCCCUCUAAUGCAGGGAGGGUUGCCUAUGAUGCCUGGUGGUAUGCCCCCUGGAAUGCCCCCAAUGCUACCACAGGGACCACCCCCUAAGGAUGACAUGCAUCCACCUCCAUCUAAUUCCCUUGCUGCAGCCAUACAAAACAUAGUAUCCAACUCCUCAUCUAUCACAGCAGUUGCUCAGGGUCCUCCACGUGAUGCAGGUCCAAGACCACCAGGCAUGCCUGGUCAAAUCCCUUUCCCCAUGCCUCAGAUGAGACCACCACUGCCACCAGCUACAGAGCCACCUAGUCCUGUUAAUAGUAGAGUCCCCACAGAGAACACUGGUCCAUUGGCACAGCGUAUACAGACGAUUGCCUCUUCAUCUACCCCCAUUAGGCCCCCUUCACGAGAUGAGCCAGAUCAGAAUAAGAACCCAAACAUCAACAGCAUGUUAGAAAAAUGGAAGAAACAGAAUAUUCGUAAUGAGGAGGCUGCUAUGGGUAAUGCAGGUGGCGCAAAUGUUAGGACAGUGCCAUCUGUAGGUGGAGGCACACGUAGAACUCGAUUCAGUAGCAACAAUGAUGAUAUGCCCAGCGAUGGUCCAAAGUUCCAACAGGAAGAGCCUAAUGUUCGUGUUUUGGAUCGUACUUUGGAACCAAUCAGGAACGAUCCAGGAGGAGGGGGAUUAAUGGGGCCUAGACCUCAGUUUAGACCUCCAUUCAGCCAGGAUAAUGACAUGAGGCAAGAGAUCAGACCUCAAUUCAGAGACAAUGUCAGUCCUAUGGGUCAACCCCCAAGUCAAAGCCCCAGGUCAGUGGGACCUAAUAUGAGCCCAAUGGGCCCCAAUGGCUUGAAUAAUCAACCCCCAAAUAGUAUGCUAGGACCUGGGCUUAGGAUUGUGAAUCGCAUACAAACCAUAUCAAGCAGUGUGCCAAGUAUGUUGAGCUUAGGACAGCAGAUCAACACUGAUGCCCCCAUGCAACCUAGUAUGUUAAACUUGAACUCUGGAGGAAUUCGUAGCUCGGGCCCAAUUAUAACAGAAAUUCAUGGCCAGCCUGUGCGUAUACCUGAUGGCCGUGGAAUUGGACUAAGUAUGUUGAGACCUAAUGUGGAACAACGGAGUCCUGCCCCUGGAGGAUUAAUGGAUCCCAACAAUCGUGAAGCUCCCAGGAUGUCCAUAGGUGGUGCACCAGUAGGUCUAGUUCGUAUACCAAUAAAUGGGAACCCUAUGACUCGUGGGAUGAUCCAACAUGGUCCAAAUGGUCCUAUAUUACAACAGAUUCCUCAAACUGUGAUAAGAGUGGGUAUGGCACCUAGAGGUCCUGAAGGGUUUGCACGAUUUGGUAGCCCAAUGGGCCAACCAAGAGAGAUGGGCCCACAAGGCCUUGGUGGAUUAGGAGGACUUGGUGGACCCCCAAGAUUGAUGAAUAUGAACAUGAGAGGUGGGCCACCAAUGGAGUUUAGGGGUCCCCGUCCUGGCCCUCCUGGAAUGAUGCGACCAGGUAUGGUUGAAAUGAGGCCUCAGUUUGAUCCUAGAGGCCCAAGAUUAGAAAUGAGACCCCCCUUUGAUCAUAGGGGCCCUAACCCCGGGAUGGAUAUGAGACCAAGAGGCCCAAUGCCAGGCAAUUUCCCAGGAGAAAGACCUCCCAAUAUGCAACAAAUGGAAGACUUUUUCAGAGGACCUGAUGCUCGCGAAGACAAUAAUAUGAUGGAAAGACAAGAUGGAGGAUUCCGUGGGAAUGAUAAUGAUAACAAUGACAGAGAUAGAGAGCGUGACAGAUUCAACCGUGGAGAAAGAGAUGAAGAUCGUCGCAGUAGGGAACAUGAUAACAGAGGUCGAGAUAGCUUUAGAGGACGUGGUGGGCGAGACUUUGGGGGUGGAGAUCGUGAUCGUAGUGAGAACAAAGAUCGUCGCUUUGGUGAAAGAGAUCGAGACAUGAGAGACAAUCGUGGAGAUCGUGAUAUGCGAGGAGAUCGAAGAGAUCGGGAUGAACGUCGGGACGAUAGGCGUGAUGAUAGGAGAGAUGAUCGUGGUAGAGAUAGAGAUGAUCGAAGUCGAGAUCGUGAUGAUAGAUAUAAGGACAGAGAUGAAAGGAAUACUAAUAUUCGUGACAGGAGUGAUCGUGAUGAGAGAUAUAAUAGAGAUAGAGAUCGUAGCGAAAGGGAUAGAAGAGAUAAUCGGGAUACUACUAGAGACAAUUCAAGAGACCGUGAAAGACAAAGUUCAAGAGAUCGGGACAAUGCAAGAGAAAGGGAUAAUGACAAUUCAAAAGAUAGAGAUAAUAAUAAGGAUAAAGAUACAACGAGAGAAAAGGACUCAAAGGAUUCAAACAAUGAAAAAGAGGAGAAGCCAUCUGUGAGUGAAAAUAAAAUAGAAUCUAAAUCUGAUGACUCAGCUGAAAAUGUUCCAAACUUUAAACCUGCUUUUAAGCCAGCAUUCUCAGUUGAAGAAACUGCCUCACCACAAGAAACUAAAGUCCAAGAUAAGGUAGAGGAAGUGGUCAAAACACCUGAAAAACCAACAGAACCUGCAGCUCCGUUGAAAUUAGGUUUAGCUAUUAAAUUAAACAAAACUGUACCUUUAGAUAAUGCCCCAGCUUCUAGUGCAUUUGGGGAGGAUUCAUCACCUACUCAUAAAAUGAGACCAUUAUCUGAUAUGUUCGCAGAUGAUGAGGAACCCGCACCACAGUCAGAUGCUCCUAAACUAGAGGAGCCAGUUAAGGUUAUCGUCACUGAGGAAGCACCUAAAGUUAUUGUGACUGAAGAUCCACCUAAAGUUAAUGUUGUUCAAGAGGAUCCAUUUAAGAAACCUGCUCCCCCAACGCUGGGAGAUAGUCCCUUUAAAGUCCCACUUCCUGUGAGUCCUAAAGUAUCUCAAGCAGCCCCUGAAGUACAAAUUGAAACCCCAAUGGUUGAAAAUCCAAUAUUUAAAGCACCAGUUGUUGAAGUACCAAUUGUUGAAGCACCAAUUGUUGAACCACCAACUGUUGAAGCACCAAUUGUUAAACCUGUUGCAGAAGUUACUGCACCCGUCAUAGAAAGUGUAGAACCUACCCCAGAACCUGAACCCAAAUCUGAACCUAUAGUGGAGGAGGCCAUGGAAAGUACCCCUGCUGAGACUGGAAAUGAAGAAAAUUGAAAUCAGUUUUAGUCGUAAUACAUUUUAGUCAUGUACCAAAAUGACAAUGUCUUGGAUAGAGGACAUCCCUUAUUAUCGAAUUCAAAAUAAUAACAAAUGAAAUGUCAUAAAAGAUCAAAUGAAUAAUGAAUUGUCUUGAAGACAUAUUUGGGCGUGCAUUGAAUGCAGUGAAUGGAAUUCUGCUUUAAUUCUAUAAAUGUAUGUGUAAUAAUAUCAUCGACGAUUCUGUGUUCCCGCAAAUUUUCGUUACUUUAUAUUCAGCCACAGCUAUUUUUGCUAUAUGAUUUUUUGCCAUUUGGAAUGUCUUGUACAUUUGUAAUUUUUAUGAUCUGAAACUUUUCUACGAACUGUUCUGUAAACAAUGUUAUCAUAUUGCUCAAUAUCAUAAACUUGUGAUUAAAGUGUCCAAAAUUACUUUCAUACAUUUUCCGAAUGAAUGACAAGGCACACAUUUAAAAUUUCUGUUCUUGUGUUUUUUGACAAUGAACAAUUAGUCUACACUGUUUCACAGAAAAAUUCUUGAGAAAAUGUAUGAAAUAAGUGCAUGGGUUAUAUUGAAUAUAUUAGGUCCUGGAACAAUACCAAAAACUGAUCCAUGAGAAAAUAGAAAAACAAUUUUAAUCCAUCUAAAAGAUUUUUUGAAAGAUCCUUUAAAAAGAAAUUAUUUUUAUCGAUUCAUCUUGCAGUUACUGCAUCUUGUUCAAGAAAUCUUUAAAAAUGGAUAUAAAUGAUAUUAAAGAGAUCACCCAUAUUUGUAAAUGGGAUCAAAUGGUGCAAAUGAGUGUCAAAUAAGCAGGGUUGUUAAACUCAGGGUGAUUGUAUGCCAUAGUUACGCAAUAUGUUCAACAUCCCUCGUAUACAGAUUAUAUUUUUCAUGUUAUUCUUCGAUACCAUAGAGUAUUGUUUUACACAAGUUUUUAUAAAAAUAAAUUAUUUAAUUUUGUAAUAACUUGGCUGCUCAUUUUUUCUGGUAGAUACGAUUUGUUUGGAAUUACAAUUUAUGAGUUUCAGCAAUACACCAAGAAGAAAAUGUUGAAAAUGGAUUUUUUUAUUUACUAUUGUAUUAAACUUGUAAUUUGACAAAAUUGAAAAUAUUUGAAUUUCCAGUUAUUCAAUCCAUGAACUGGAUCAGUUAAUAAGAAACAAAUUGCUGAAACUCGCUUUAUUUAGUGUGCUCUUAAAAAAGUAGUUAGAGAUUUCUUUCAGCUUCAGUGCAGAGGAUACAAGGACUGUUACGGUGCAUGUAGAAUAUUAUUGUCCCUUGGUGACCAUGGUGAUAUAAUAUUAAAUUCAUUGAUGAUACAUCGAUAUAGAAAUUAAAAUAUCAGAAUCAAAUCUGGAGCAAAAAUACGAGUCAAUACAAUGAAUACCGUGUAUUAUAUAUUACUGUACUUUCAUAAUGAUGAAAAUAAAAUGCUGGCAGAAAGAUUGCGAGUCUAUAUGAAAGAGAGCAAACAAAUGGAGAUACAAGCACAACUCUGAGUCGCAUCAUAAAUGCAACAACAUAAAGUCAACACACUUUAACAUUUGAAUAAUGAAUAAAUAACAUCUAAAUAGUGGUUCAGAAUUUAACAGAAAAGGAGUACACUAAAUAUUGUUCUGAUUUUGGCAAACUAAGGUGCAACUGGAAUUUAUGAAAUAUGUAUAUAAAAAGAUUCUCCAGU